GCCCUGCGGGCUCACACUGCCCCGGCACGCCUGCUCUACCUCGUCAGAGGGGGAAUGUUUUUAGGAUCACAUAUUGUUUAUUACAAAGUUUUCUUGUAAGGAAUUUAAAAGAAUCUUUGCUUUAUGAGAGAGUGCAACAUUCGAACAGCAGGUACAGUAGUUGAGUCCACUUUCCCACAUUUCUAAACCCUGAAAGGCAUUUCUGUUGCUUUUCUUGUGCAUCCUGUGUUCCCACUAUGUCCGUGCUGUCUCUCCGCCCGGCUGAAAUUUCCUUAGACCGCAGCCACUUACUUUCCUUCCAUUUUUAUGUUGCAGUCUGUUUACACUGACCGCUCUAGGCAGUCCAUGGUCAGAAUACUGUGUGAGAUUAUUGCUUGUUUACUUGGUUUGCUGGGCUGGUUUAAAAUGCAAAGAGAAAGGCCGGUAGACCUCUGUUACUAUUGUUCACCGUGAGCAAUGCGAAGACUAAUUCCUCUAAGGCAGAGAUAGGUGACUGCACUUUUAUUCUUUAAGAGAAAGUUUCAGUCUUCAUAAUUUCUUUCCUCCUCUGUGCUUUUGCUCUGCUUCCUCUCUCUGGAAACUUCUUCCUCCUUCCUUCCCCUCCCCCCGUCAUCUGCCCAGUCUACCCUCUCCAUGUGACAAUAGCCCUCAUCUUCUCACAUGUCUUUAAGGGUCUCCUCUGGAGUUUCCUAAAUCUCCCCAAGUUGGUUUGGCCAUUCUCUCUGUAGGGCUCCUUUGUCCCUUGUAAACUUGGUGCUGUCAUAGCAGCAGUCUCUGUGUGGGUCCCUCCGUGCUGGAAUAUGAAGAAGCAUAGUAAGGGCUGAAACCUUGUCCUGGUGUCAUGCCUGGCGGGCUGAGCAUGUUAUGUGGCCCAUAUUCGCAGCUUAGUGGAUGUUGGAUGAAUUAAUAACGUGCGUACCCCCGGCGUAAGGUCACGAGAAAGACAACCACUUACUCUCCUUCCCCGUGUGCUGUCUCCUGUUGCAUACACACUGAAGUUACCUUCUGGGAUGUGCAGGCUUCUAGUAGUUUCUGCCUUUGGAAUGCAACCUAUAGUCAACCAGGAAACAGACUUCUUCGUGGCAGGAGAGUAAGAAAUAAGGGCCGCUAGCUUUACAUGGACAACGCCCGGUCUCCUACCGCACUCCUUUGUAUGUGAAACAACGAAACAGAUGCGGGGCUGUGGUGGCAACAGACAGGACGCCUGACUGACCAGCGACCGUGGAGGGAGGACUGGAAGGUGGUUCGCAGCACACGACUUGGUACUUCCCUCGAUGCUCAUACUCAUGGUUUUUGGAAUCUUUCUGUGCCUGGAUGCAUUUCUGUAUGUGUUCACCCUGCUUCCUUUAAGAGUUUUCCUGGCACUAUUCAGGCUCUUCACUCUGCCAUGCUAUGGCUUAAGGGACAGACGUCUGCUUCAGCCUGCUCAGGUGUGUGACAUCCUGAAGGGUGUCAUUUUGGUGAUCUGCUAUUUCAUGAUGCACUACGUUGACUAUUCCAUGAUGUAUCACCUGAUAAGGGGGCAGUCCGUCAUCAAGCUAUACAUCAUCUACAAUAUGCUGGAGGUAGCAGAUCGUCUGUUUUCAUCAUUUGGACAAGAUAUAUUAGAUGCUCUCUACUGGACCGCAACAGAGCCUAAAGAGAGAAAAAGAGCCCAUAUCGGAGUGAUUCCUCACUUUUUAAUGGCCGUCCUCUAUGUCUUUCUGCAUGCAAUUCUCAUCAUGGUUCAAGCAACUACCCUCAACGUGGCUUUCAACUCCCACAACAAGUCGCUGCUCACCAUCAUGAUGUCCAAUAAUUUUGUUGAAAUUAAAGGAAGUGUUUUCAAGAAGUUUGAAAAGAACAAUCUUUUCCAGAUGUCAAACAGCGAUAUUAAGGAACGAUUCACGAAUUAUGUGCUUUUGCUAAUCGUGUGUCUAAGAAACAUGGAGCAGUUUUCCUGGAAUCCAGAUCACCUCUGGGUGUUGUUUCCAGAUGUCUGUAUGGUGAUUGCAUCGGAAACCGCCGUGGAUAUUGUAAAACAUGCCUUCAUCACCAAGUUCAAUGACAUUACUGCAGAUGUCUACAGUGAAUAUAGAGCCAGCCUUGCUUUUGACCUUGUUAGCAGCCGACAGAAAAAUGCGUAUACUGAUUACAGCGACUCUGUGGCACGGAGGAUGGGGUUCAUUCCUCUCCCACUAGCUGUUUUGCUCAUCAGAGUCGUCACAAGUUCAAUUAAAGUGCAAGGAAUCCUGUCUUACGCCUGCGUCAUUCUCUUCUAUUUUGGGUUGAUCUCCCUCAAAGUCCUUAAUAGCAUCGUGCUGUUGGGGAAGUCGUGUCAGUAUGUGAAGGAGGCCAAGAUGGAAGAAAAGUUGUUCCAUCCUCCUCCGGCCAGCACGCCGGGCAAACCGCCCCCUAAGUCACAGAAUAAAUGUAAACCCUCUCAAGAAGAAAACCUGUCGGCUUCGGUCACCAGCCAGCCCGUUCAUCCGAAGGAAAACGUCAUACCCUUACUGGUCACAAGCAGCUCCGACCAGUUCCUGACGACCCCAGACGGCGAUGAGAAGGACAUAGCGCAGGAGAGCUCUGAACUAAAGCACAGGUCCUCGAAGAAAGAUUUGCUGGAGGUAGACAGGUUCACAAUCUGUGGGAACCGAAUCGACUGAGCUCUGCGGCCGAGUCCUGGGGCGGGAGACGCUGCUCCCGGGAUGGACAGAUGCAAAAAAUGGCACUUAAAUAUUUAUUUAAAAACUUAAAUUAUUAAUGGAAAGCGAAUCUUAAUAUCUUUCUUCCAGUAAUGUGGUCUGGCUGCAGGUCAGGUCACAGAGCAGCAGCGACCUCCAGCCUGGACCCUGGAAACCUGACAGGUGAGGAGAGGCCCCGGCGUGGCCCAGAGCAGUCCCUCCGGGGCCUUGCGGGGCCGCCUCACAGUCACCUCGUCGUAGCCGACUGCGCUUCCGGAACCUCGAGCUCUCCCUCGGGGCCUCUUCCCCACAGGACAUACCUGGAAAACUGUGAAGCUUCUACCAUGACAUCACCUUUCCAGCUCAUGCUGUUUUCACCAACAGAUUUCAGACUUUCCUUCAUUUGCCAAAGCAUUAAAAAAAAAAGUGAUUAAAACUUAAGUCAAGAUAAAUGUUCUUACAACCAGAAUAAUCCUUGAAGAUGUUUCUGAAUUAAUCAGAAUAAAAGGCUACCUAAAAUCUUUCAUGAAGAAUAGAAGCAUUUUAUAGGAAGGAACCCUAAGCUGGUUUGUUUAUUUAAAAAAUAUUCGUUAAUGAAGGUUAUGCAUCACAGAGAAAACGUUUCAUAAUAUUUCAGUUUUCUCUUUAAAGCAAAAUGUGAGCUGUGUAUUGUUCAGUUGAAUGGAGAGAAUAGAAAUACCCUCACCAAAAGGCACUUUUCAUACUGAAAAAGCAGAGCAGUGUUAACUUUCUUGUAUCGUUAACUGGUUUUGCUUUAAAACUAAUUGCUUCAUAAAUUGUUACAGUUAAAAGGACCUGAUGCUGAAUGGGCUGAAGAAUUGUUCAGAACCCAAAGGUGUCGAUGUUAACUGAGGUUUUAAAGUGACAGUUUUAAAUUAAAUACUCUAAGUGGUCUGGGCAGCGUCUUGCUUGGGCUUAAAACACGCAUCAGUCUUUCUGACCGGAGGGUCGGUGGGUGUGCCCGCGCUGGGGGCGCCCGGGGCCGCCGUCUGGGUGUGGGGAGCCCGCUGUGACUGGACGCUGGGAACAGCAGCCAAAGGUGCUUUUUGGUUUUGUUCAAGAUCGAGAUUCCCUUUCUGCUUAAUUACUGGUCUGUGGCCUGCAUCAUAGGACAAGUUAUUUCCCACCAGUUUUAUCUUGAGAAACCUUUCUGCAGUUUUAUAAAACUUUUACAGUGUCUCAUUUCAGAAUGUCCAGAUGUUACUGUUCACUGCCAUUUCCUUUGAUGUUUUCAUUUUGAAGCUCAGCUCUUGUGCUGAUACUUCAGGCAUGUGACCUGCAGAAAGUAAAUUUUGGGGGAUUUCUCUUAUUUCCUGGGUGAGAUGUAAAGCAAGCUUUAAUUGUUUCAUGAGAAAUAUGGAAGUGGAUUUUAAUGUUUUGCAUCAGCCAAGGAAAUCUGAAGAUGAAUGUUCACGUAGGGUAAAAAAUAAAGUCCUGUUGAUGCUUUUGUGAACCCAGUCAGUACUGUAAGUUAAAGAUGAAAAGAGUUUUGUGUAUGUUUCAGUGCAGCCCCGUUUUAGAAUUAUACUUUGUUCCGUCUCCUCUUUACCACCGGAAGCAACAGUGUCCACGUGAAUGGAAUAGUUUGGGGGAAACUUUGCCAAAUGUAGCCCUGAUCAGUGCAAGAGUAUGAUUUGGGUGUAUCUUUCCAUUCAUCUUGAAUUAGCCUGUUAUUAUUGUGCUGUCAUUUUUGGAAGAUUUCAUUUCCUUUGCAGGAUAUAUUGGGAGUUGGGAAUGAUGUUCAUUUCUUCUGCUAAAAUGGCAUUCAGUACUAAUUUUAUAAGUGCAUCUUGUGUGAAACUCAAUAAAUCCAAUUUUGUAAUCUUUUUUAAAAAGGUCAUUGAAUUUAUUUAAGGUUUACUGCUCUGUUUGCUGGCGUAAAUUUCCGACUCUGUAAUAAGAACUUACUUCUAAUUGA